UUUACGCAUCAGUAGAAAACUGAGGCUGAGACAGCCUGAAUCGGUGGUAGCAGAUUAUCGGGAUGGGUCUUGUCUAAUGAUAAUUCCAGGCAGCUGGGUUCAAGGUACAGCGUUCACCCAGAGGAAGAAGCAGAAGCUGGAAAUGGAAAACGAGACGAGUACUCCAACAUCAGCCACCACCACAACCUCCAGCACCCCCUCCCGGACCCAGGCCCCACAGCUGUCUCUCUACAGCAGCACCACUACCGAGAGGCAGGCUGUCCAGGUGAUCCAGCAGGCCAUCCACCGGCCCCCCAGCAUGGCAGCUCAGUACCUGCAGCAAAUGUAUGCUGCGCAGCAGCAACAUCUGAUGCUCCAGACAGCCGCUUUGCAGCAGCAGCAGCACCUCAGCAGCUUUGCAGCUGUACAGCAGGCGACGCUGUCAGGAGGAAGGCAGUCCUCUUCCCCCACUGCGAGUGUCACACAGCAAUCAAGUGUCUCACAGACUUCGAUCAAUCUCUCCUCGUCUCCAGUGGCGCAGCUGAUCAGCCGGAGUCAGACCUCCAGCGCGGCGGGCAGCGGCGGGGGGGGUGCCCUCGGACAGCAGUCCAUGCUCCUGGGAAACAGCUCCCCCACCCUGACCACCAGCCAGGCUCAGAUGUACCUGCGUGCUCAGAUGCUCAUUCUCACUCCCACUGCCACUGUAGCUGCUGUCCAGCCAGAUAUUCCUGUAGUUUCUGCUACAUCCAGCUCCCACACUCCAGCUACUCAGGUUCAGAACUUGACCCUGCGUCCACACCAACCCAGCGCCCUCGCCUCCCCCCAGAGUGUGCCCCUUAAAGCCACCAGCCAGGGGCAGCCUCUGGCAGUGGCCCACCCCAAGAUGUCCGUGUGCCCUCUGAAGCCCAACCAGCAGCCGGAGCCCCUCUUGGAAGGCAACAAGAAGGGAGAGGACCCCAUCACUGAACCCAAGCCCACCACCCACACCCGCCAGCCCGGGGCCCACCAGCUCAUAGCACCAGCCCCAUACCCUCUUAUCAAACACCAGCAUAUUCACGCUGCUCAACCACAGAAAGGUCCAACCCACCAGCUAAUCAUCCAACAGCAGCCACCACCCCCCCAGCGGCAAGUUCAGCCAAUCGCACUCCAGGUCUCUCGUCAAGAGACUUCGCCUCUCUCCCUGGCAAUCCAGACCCAGGUCCCUCCCCCCACUACAGUCUCCAUUGAAUCGCAGCACUGCACUCCCAUCACAGCCACUGCCCUGCCCCUGACCUCAUCCCCUGGCCAAUUGCAGGCUGUGCAGCAGCAAACAGUCGUGGUUUCACCUCCACCUACUCAGUCCCCCACCAGCCAAUCCCCUACCACAGUCAUUCAGCCCCAGGCACUUAUCCAAUCACAGCCUCAUGCUCUGGUCUCUACUCCCUUGCAGUUAGGCCCUGCCCAGUCACCCAUUCUAAGUACUGCCCAGGUAAUACAGCCCCACCUUCCUCCUGUGACUUCCCCGAUAGCUCACAUUGGCCCCCUUCCUUACACCACUCUUAUUUCACCAUCCAUCAACUUCCCUCCCCAGCCACCACAUCAGCAGCAGCCUCCUGCCCCUCAGGCCUCCCUAGGCCCCGUGUCCUCACCGCCUUCCCCUCCACCUCAGCUCUCCCACUCUCCCCCUGCCCAGCUACAGCCACUCCCCUUGCAGUCUGUUCAGGCCUCGGAGAUUCUGCCCCCUGGGCAGAUGCUUGUGUCAGAGGAGGAGCUGCCGGCAGUCGAUGCCUUGGUCCAAAUGCCCUACCAGGGGCUGCCCCCUCCCCAGACCGUAGCCAUUAACCUGCAAGUGCAGCAUCCCACCCCCAUGGAGGUUCCAGUGCAGGUCUACCAGGUGGAGGGGAUGUGUGAAGAGGAGAUGAGAGAAGACAGGGAGGAGUGUCUGCCUGGGAACAGAACUCCAACACCUCCUGCUCUGUCACCCCCUGCUGGUCAAGUCAGGGACUGCGAGGAGAGCUCCACUCAGCAAGACAUGUCAACAGGUCUGCCUGGACUUCCGUGUGUGAACACCUCAGGCAACACCUCUGUGAUCAGAUCCUCCUCGGACCCCUCCUACAUCAACAGCUCCCCACCUCCUCCUCUUUCUCCUCCCCAUCCUCCUCCUCCCCCUCCUCCUCCUCCUCUCCCCCCUACUCUCCUGCCUGCUGUGGUCAGGAGCCCCAGCAAGCCUGUCCCAGCUGGCCUGCCUGAGAACAAGCCUCCGCAGGCGAUUGUGAAACCACACAUCCUCACCCACCUCAUCGAGGGCUUUGUCAUCCAGGAGGGGCUCGAGCCAUUCCCGGUAAGUCGUUCUUCCCUCUUGACUGAGAAGAAAGGGCAGCAGUGUGAGCAGCAGGUGAUGGAACCCAACAGUGAGGAGCCACAGUCCAUGAUGGAGACUGAAGAGCCGGAACACUCCACAGACAGUGACAUGGAUGACAUCAUCGCUGACGGGGUUAUGGAGGAAACCGUGACAGAGCUGCUGAAAUGCGAGUUCUGUGGGAAGAUGGGAUACGCACACAAAUUCCUGCGGUCAAAACGAUUCUGCUCCAAGUCAUGUGCCAAAAGGUUCAAUGUUAGUUGCACUAAAAGAGUCAGCCUGCUGAAAGCAGACAAGGGGGUCCGCUGGACUCGGAAGCCAGGUGGGCGACGAGGGCGCCGGCCGAGAGGGGCACAGGGGGGCUCCAGGGAGCACUUUCUCCGGCAGUUGCCAGCUACUUAUCCCGCCACAGGUGGGAUGCAACUAGCUCGCAGCCAGUCGCCUCAAGAAGACACAGUUCCUGUUGCCAUGACGACACGGCUGCGGCGACAGAGUGAGCAGGGGAGGGAGCUGGAUCUCAGAGUGAGACACUCCUCAGACAAUAAUGAGAGCCUGCCCUCCGUACAGUCCGAUCCUACGCAGUGGACAGUCAGUGACGUCUGGGCCUUUAUUUACGCUUUACCAGGCUGCCAGGACAUUGCUGCCGAGUUCCGUGCCCAGGAGAUUGACGGCCAGGCGCUGCUGCUUCUCAAGGAAGAUCACUUGAUGAGUGCCAUGAAUAUCAAACUGGGCCCAGCCCUGAAAAUCUGUGCCCGUAUCAACACUCUGAAGGAGCCCUAAUGGGAAGUGGAACGGGAGCAAACAGACUUCUAUCACUGUAGCGAAACACCACUAUUCUGAACUCCGAUCUCACCAGAGAUAUUGCACAGUGCCUGCCAACAGUGUGAGGUGAACAUCUGAUAUUUAAUUCAACCAAUGGUUUGGUUGAACUGGGAGGAUAGAGAGCAAUAAAGAGAUUUCUUUAUUUAUUAUGUGCCACAAAGCAGGGAAAAAUAUAUAGUAGUCCCACCUCCCCCCAAAACAUCACAUCAAAAAUGUACUGUAAUGAAACUUCCCAUAUGAAGGAAUUGGAAGAGCUGCCUGCAAGCUUUUUCUGGAUGCUGGAAUAAAGGUCACAUGACUUGGUGGAGACACAGUCUUUGGAUUCCAAAUUGCGGUGUCUCCUUUGAGUCAUGUGAUUAUGCAGUUCUUUUCUAUACAUAUAUAGCACAGCAAUCAAGGUGCGGUUAAAAAUUAAUUUAUUAGCUUUUAUUGAAAGACUCAUAAAAGAGGUGGCGGUCUGCUGCUAGCGCUGUGCAUUUUAAGUGGCAGGUACAUAACAUUUUUAUACCUGUAGACAGUGACUGAAUGUAUUAUAUGAAUAUAUCUGAAUUUCUAUGAAGGAUUUUUUUAAAGAAAGAAAAACAGUGUUUUUAUGUGACUCAACAUGUUGCUGUUGGUACUGCUGUCUAAUUUAAGGCGUGCACUACGUUAUUAUAUGGUUUAUCUGAGGACGCUUACACUUAUUUUGCUAAAUAUUUUGGCUAGCCAUUAAAAAACAAACAAAGAAAAGAUCUGUAUAAAAGUUGAUAAAACAAACUGCCCCCCUCGUUUUGAAGGAAAUAAUAGAAUGACUAACAGUGACAUUUUCUAUAAGCCUGAACAUGAAUAAUAGGAAAAACAAGAAUAUUGCAGGUUAUCUUAUAACAGAUCUGCUACACCAUGCCAAAGAGCCGCCCAUACCCAGGGUAGCUUGGUAUAGCAAUUCCACUCUUGCUUUCAUGCUCUACAGUAGGCAUCCAAGGCAUUAUUCGCUUACCUUAGUGCUACUGAUCAUUUCUACCAAGAGGGCAAAAUGUUCACAGAAAUGAUAUGAAAAAAGAACCUUUUUUUCUUUUUGUUAAAGUUAGGACAUGUUUUGUUUAUAUUCCCAAAUUCACAUAAUUUCUUGAUAAAUAAAGGCAUCUGAACCA